CGAGCCUCUGGAGUCCCGCGCGAUGGAUUCUCGUAGAACAUCCACGUUCAGCACCGUCCUGAUCCUCCUCCAGCUGUGUCAGCAGGUCUCAUCGUCGCGUGUCCUAGCGCGUGUUACGGAUGACGUAACCUGUUUCCAGCGGCCCCAUGAUCUCCCUGAGAAGCCAAUCGACAUCAGGUGAGUGGAAAGGGUAAGGGCAGCUAGGAGAGCUCUUGGCCGCUGCAAUGGGUGGCUGGAUGGGAUGCAUGCAGCUGCUCCGUGAAGGUCGCCGACGAUUUCCGCCAUCGGCUGCAGCCAAACCUCAAGGACAAACACAUGCUGGAUGUAGUCCUGCGGCUGCGAAAAAAAGGAAGAGGUGUUGGCGGCAAGGCUGAGCUUCAAAUCUCACUGCAGAAUGUCGGCGGAAUCGACGUCACAAACGGUGGUUGCGUCUUGCAGUUGAAGGGCGACGGCGACUGUUCCUUGGAGAGGUACGUGCAUUUGGGGGCACAUAGGAUGCCAACUUCAAUGUGUGUCUCUGUUGACGCAGUCUGGACAAAGCCGACAAAUUGAAUGGCAAUUCCCUGAUGGUCGCGAUGCUGUCAUGGGUCGAUACCUACGGAGAGGGCUGGGGCUGCACCAAGGGACUGAGCCUCGUCGACAUCAGCAGCAUCAAGGAGAGCUACAUGCUUACACACGCAAGUACGUGUCUGGAGAUAGACAUAUGUGACACAUUUCAUGGCUCGAUGUAUGUCAGGUUUCUACUACCAGUCGUUCGGCUUCAAGUUUGGGCCCAAGGCAAACAAAAAGGCGGUCGACAGCUGCAGGGACAUGCUGAGCUUCCUUCGUGACGAGGCGGAUGUCUUGUCAACUGUGAAGAGUAAUGCCGUCAUGGUGCUGCACCAAGCGCUCAGCGCAUCAGGCAAGAUUGGCCGCGAUAUCGUCAAGAAGGUUGACAAGGAGGUCCGCGAUACCAACAUCGACGAUCCAGAGGCCAGACUUGAGGAGAUGCGUCGCAAAACGAUCGACGUCGUCGAGGAGCAACCCGCACUAAAACAGUCUGUGUCGACUUCUCCGCUGACCCCGUUCCGCCAGACUCGAGAUACGGUUGGAUCAAAAAAGGCGAUGAUCGGCGAGAAACGCUUGUUCUUCGACCUCCUUCUUGCCUGGCCCGAGCUGGAGGAGAUGACUCAGGAGUGCGUGUCCAGGGGAGAGAGAAUCCGCGAUGGCCCGAUCAACCCCCAAGCCAGUCAGCUGCCCCAUCUGCGCCCCAAAGCCACCAUUGACCCCACCUUCCCGCCAGGCAGCAACGCCCACGAGCUUAUGUGUCUGAUCCAGUCGGCCGGGCUUGUGCUCAUGAAGCAUGCAGACAAGAAGCGAUUGGAGAGAAUCAUGGAUGACUUCCCAUCAAUGCUACUGGCCCAGAGCCUGCCUGCCGGUGCUCGGAAAUGCCUCAACGUGUCCACAGGAGUGCGGCAGCUCGGAGACACGCAUCGCUACACACUCGUGGAGGAGUUCGCCACACCUUCCAAUUAAAAAGAAACGAGAGAAAACUGCAUGAGUGAAGCGACAAAAACAAAAACAGACAGGUCGAUGGACGCAUACAUGCAUCAUCGAGACACAUCCUUGCAACAGCGCGGGAGAGACACGACGCACAUGUUGCGGAACGAGAUGGCCACAUGAGUGUUUCCUGCCUUAACGAGAUUAUCAGGCAGGAAACACAGUGAUAAUCGACGGAUCGGUCAUGCGGUCCAAUAAUC